UUCCCUCAACGAUAACAAAAUAUGGUGGUCUACGCUUCGGAGAAAAGGGAGAAAUUGCCAGUAGUCCGAUUACCUACCCCUGGGGUAGUCCUUUUGCCACCUACGCCAGGAUUUAUCUCGAAGAAAUGAAGAUGCAACUCGAUUUUGCAGAGACAACCCCCUUAGUCGAUGGCUGGAAAUCAAAUCCAACUCUUCAAACCCAUCUCCAAAGCUUUCUCAAGACAGGAAUCCCGAAAGUGCUGUCGGGAUUCUCGCUCACAAACCCAGCUCUCGUGCAUGGUGAUCUCGAUUUGCACAACAUCUUGUUUGAUCCGAAGUCAAAUCGCCACACAGCAAUCCUUGAUUUCAACUUCGCACACGUCGCUUCAGCAGCUGAUGAGGAUUUCUCGUCCUUCCCGUCCAUUCACGGCCUCCUUAUGGGUUCUCUGGAAGUGAAGAGAUGGAAACGUUACGUCAAGCGAUGCUCAACGGUUUCGCUGCCACUGCCUUUACCCCGCUGAAGGGGAGGAAUCGGAAGUCAAUUGGGAACUUGCGAAGAUGUGAUAUGAGGAGAUUGAGAAGCAGAAGGUGCUGAAUCCGGCGAAUAUUGCGUGCGUUGAGGAGGUGGCUGCGCUGUAUUGAUUCUUGAUUGAUGUUUGCCCGCUCUAUUUUUUGAUGGAAGGUGACUGAAUAGAAAGAAUGAGGAAGGGAGGCUGGCGGCGAAGAAGGAC